AUGGAGAACAAAGAGUUGAAUUCUUCAAGCAUCACAGUGGGAGGACUCUAUGACAUGUUGCUAGACAGCGUCAACAAGGAAGACAGCAGACCAGUGAUUCGUCUUGGUCGUGUAGAUCCCACCGAUAACCCACUGUUUCGGACUACCACAGUGGCUCUUGAUGCUAUUACAACAGCCAUUCACUCCCUUAACUUCAACUGUUACCCUCCCACUCUAGGCUUACUUGAGGCUAAGAUUGCUGUUGCAGAUCAUCUCUCCUCUCAUCUUCCACAUAAGCUGUCUGCAGAGAAUGUUUUUCUCACCAUUGGUGGCACACAAGCUAUAGAUAUAAUAUUGCCUUCUCUUGCACGUCCUGGGGCCAACAUUCUCCUUCCAAAGCCAGGGUACCCACAAUACGAACUUCGUGCCUCUCGUUGUAAUCUUGAAGUUAGACAUUUUGAUCUUUUGCCUGAGAGAGGAUGGGAAGUUGACCUUGACUCUUUAGAAACUUUAGCAGAUGAGAACACUGUGGCUUUGGCCCUCGUCAGUCCCAGUAGUCCGUGUGGGAAUGUUUUUGCGUACGAACAUUUGAAAAGGGUUGCAGAGAUUGCAAGCAAACUUGGAAUCUAUGUCAUCUCUGAUGAAGUUUAUGCCCAUGUAGUUUUUGGAAGCAAACAGUUUGUACCCAUGGGAGAGUUUUCAUCAAUAGUGCCAGUUAUUACGAUUGGUUCUUUCUCAAAAAGAUGGCUUAUUCCUGGUUGGAGAAUCGGUUGGAUAGCCAUAUGUGAUCCUCGGGGAAUUUUUCAAAAAUCUGGGGUCGUGUCGAAAAUAAUCGAUUAUGUAGAGAUCACUGCUAAUCCUUCAACCAUCGUGCAGGCAGCAAUACCAGAAAUCCUGAAGAAAACUACGAAUGAUUUCCAUUCAAAAAAUCUUGAUAUAAUGAGAGAGAUUGCAAAAAUAUUCUAUGAUGGAUGUAAGGAGAUCCCUUGCUUGAAUUGCCCCCAGAAACCAGAGGGAGCCAUGGUUGUAAUGGUGAAGAUUAACCUUUCCCAACUUGAGGGCAUUGUUGAUGAUAUACAAUUUUGCAGUAAGUUGGCCAAAGAGGAAUCUGUAGUUCUUUUUCCUGGUGUUAUGGUUGGACUGAAGAAUUGGCUUCGGUUUAGUCUUGCUGUUGACCCUUCUGAUAUUAAAGAGGGCCUUAGCAGGGUAAGAGCGUUCGGGCUUAGACAUGCAAAGAGGUCAUAA